AUGAAAACUUUGAAAUUCAGUCAACUUGGUUUUGGUAGACAAUGUCAGAUGUCUAAAUUUACAUCGCAUGCUCGACAAACCAAAUUGUUUGUUAUUCCGAACAUACAUGAUGGCCAUACGUCUUUGUCUAUGUUGGAAGAAGACACAACUACGAACCAUGUACUCAGUUCCAAAAGAGAGACAUAUUUUACCAAAUGGUCGCCUCUGGGGUACCUUUGGAGGGGAUUAUCAGUUCCUGUCUUGGCAGGUCAGGUCAUUAUCAGGAAUUUGAAGGGAAAAAUUCACUGGAGGAAUACUUUACAACAGCUGGAGAGAGUUGGGCCGAGAUCAGUUGGGGUCUGUCUUUUGACCUCUGCAUUUGUUGGCAUGGCUUUUACCAUCCAAUUUGUUAAAGAGUUUACUAGACUGGGAUUAAACAGAUCAAUUGGUGGUGUAUUAGCCCUAGCCUUUUCAAGGGAGCUGAGUCCUGUGGUCACAUCAAUUGUGGUUGCUGGGCGCAUAGGGAGUGCAUUUGCUGCAGAGUUGGGAACAAUGCAGGUUUCUGAGCAAACUGACACAUUGAGGGUUCUUGGUGCGAACCCCGUUGAUUACUUAAUAACCCCAAGAGUGAUUGCUUCCUGUCUUGCUCUCCCAUUUUUGACUUUGAUGUGUUUCACAAUGGGGAUUGCAUCCAGUGGCUUGCUGGUUGACAGUGUCUAUGGCAUUAGUUUUAACAUUAUAUUCGAAUCGGCUCGGAGAGUUCUUAAAUCAUGGGAUUUAAUUAGUGCAAUGAUCAAGUCAGGGGUUUUUGGUGCCAUCAUAUCUAUAGUGAGCUGUGCAUGGGGAGUUACAACCAUGGGAGGUGCUAAAGGUGUUGGGGAGUCGACAACUUCAGCUGUGGUUAUCUCGCUGGUUGGUAUCUUUAUUGCUGAUUUUGCACUCUCAUAUUACUUCUUCCAGGGAGCUGGAGAUUCUCUGCAGAAUGGUUUAUAA